GUGAUUUCUGUGAAGAUGCAGGACUCCAAGGGCAUCCUGAGGUCCAAAGAAAUUAUGCUGCCUCCCAGUGAACCAGUGGAGACUGACCUGGUGCUGACCUUCUCCUUGCAGUACCCCCACUUCCCCAAGAGGGAAGGUAACAAGCUGCAGAUCAUGCUGCAGCAGAGGAAACGCUAUAAGAACAGGAUCGUCCUGGGCUAUAAGACACUGGCCAUGGGCACCAUCCACAUGGCUGAUGUCAUGAAGAGAAACUCCAAGUGCGGCCAUAUGCUGAGCCUCUACAGCACCGUCAAGGAGUCCUCCACCAAGGUGGCUGAAGUCUGGAUCUCCUCCCUGUCCAGUCAGCCCAUCAAACAUGAGGAAAGUGCCAUGCGGGCCAGGCCGAAGGUCAAGUUUGCAGGUAACUACACUCAGAGGCCCUUGUCUGAGCUGGAGGCCAGCUGCAAUGGAAAGCACAGACAGGGUCUGCACAAGGAUGACUUUGGGAAGGGGGAGCCAAAGAAGCAGCGGCGGUCCAUAAGAGGAAUGGACUUGAAGCGAAAAGUCCUGGCUCUGUGUCACAGAUUCCAAGUGUGGGAGGAGGCCCUGGACCCUGUGCAGGAUCAUGGGGAGCAUGUCCUGGAAGUGGAAGAGGACCUGGACCUCCUGGAUGACAUGCUGGAGAACCCCAGUGACAGUGGCCCAGACACUGAGCACGAUGACAGGGUCCUCAGCACCCCCACACCUCAGCUCAGGCCAUACUUUCAAGGUCUGCCAUGCAUCGAGGGCCUGUCAGACUCCAGCUUGCAGAUGGAGAUGAGGGGCUCCCACAGCGCCAGGAUCCAAAAGGAGUCUCUGAGUCUGGCCCAGGUGCCUGAGAACACGUGCACCCCGGGAGGCAAGCAGCCAAGUGAUAGCAACUCUGACUCAGUGGACCAAAGAAUUUGCUCCCCUAGGAUGCAGUUGGCACAGCUGGAGGACAGCCGGGAGGCAGCAUCCUCUGCCAGGGGUUGGUUCACCAGGAAGCUGCCAUCCAUAGUGCGCUUCACCAAGUCUCUAGUCAUCCCCUCCAGCAGGUCCAAGAGGAAGCAGGCUGGCCAUCAGAGCUGCAACACAUCCCUGAAUGAGUGGUUCAACAGACAGGAUGAAGAGGACCCAGAACCACAGAGCCAGCGGCAGAUCCCCAGCAAGUCCGUGCAUGACCAGCUAAAUGUCAUCCUCAUUUGCCCAGACAAGCUGCCUGAGAACAUCAUUCUGGUCAACACUUCAGACUGGCAGGGCCAGUUACUUUCCAACAUCCUGCAGGGGCACACGCUGCCCGUGGUAUGCACUUGUUCCACAGAUGACAUCCAGGAGGCCUUCAGCAUCAUCAUGUCCUGGAUGCAAAGAUACUGCAACUGCACUUCCCAGGCCCUGACAUCUGUGAAGAUCACAGUGGCAGGGGCACAGCCCUACUUCAAUGCUGUGCUGCGGGUCUUUGUGGAGCUGCUGUCCCACCAGCCACCCCAAUGGCUGGACUACCUGCGCUUCCUGGUCAUCCCACUGGGUUCCCACCCCUUGGCCAGCUACCUGGGCUCCAUGGAUUGCCGCUACGACAACUUCUUCCAGGACCUGUACUGGUGGGACAUGUUCAACAACCUGGAAUCUCUGAACAUCUUGCAGGACACACAGGACGUUGUGUCAAGAAUCACAGAGUACGUCACUGGGGCCAACUGUGUCUACCUGCUGCCCAUCGCAGAGGCCGUGCUCAUGUUUCAGCAGCAGGGUCCCGAUGAGAUGUCCUCAAAGAAGUUCAUCCCCUUUGUGGGGGCAGUGAAGGUUGGAAGAGCGGAACCAUCUUCAGCCAUGUCAGCAGACUCAGAUGAUGUGGGCCCUUCCUGCUCCAGCGAGCUUCUAUCCCCUGCCAGCAAGGCCUCAUCCAACACACUUUCCCCCACAUCAAUGAGUGGGGGCCUGUCCUCCUCCAGCCAGAGUGUCCAUGCAGACAUGAUGCAGCUGCAGGUGGAUUACUGGACUGCAGCCCAGCCAAUAGACACAAAGAGAGUUGCAGAGAAGAAAGACAUGCUUGCCGCCAAAAGCACACUCAAGUGCUUCUUCCAGUCUGUCCAGGUCAGCAGGCUGCCCAGCGGUGGUCAGGCCACAGCAACAACCACCAGGUCCAUGACAGUGGUCACCAAACAGAAGACAAAGAAGGUGCCCAAGAAAGCCAAGGACGAGGAAGUGGAGUCCACAAGCCAGUGCAUCCAUGGCAUCCAUCGCCUGGUUUGCAAGGCCAAGCACCAGCAGCACAUGCUGCCGGUCAUCAUCGAUGAUGUGGAGUGGAACGACGUGACAUUCCUCCAGCUGGCAGCCCAGUGGUCCUCCCAGGUCAAGCACUUCCCCAUCUGCAUCUUCGGACACUCCAGUUCCACCUUCUAGCCCGCCCCCUCUCCCUGCCCUUCACCCUGCCUUGGACUUGCCCAGAAGCUGCUUUUCUGUGAACAGUUCAGUUUAGUACAGACACAGACCCUGGAAACACAAAGAGAAACCAUUUUGGGUUUCAAAUGCACUCAUAGCCUGGAACCUAAGGGGGUUUGCCCCUCACUUGGAGCUCCUCACGACUCUGUUCAAUAACCAGAACGCUCUGGCGGGUGGGAGUCAAGAGGACAGUGUUGAUCUGGAGAAUCGUGGGAGAUGUGUUUUGGCCUCAGGAUGCCCAACAUUCCCAGCCAGAAGGUUCUGGCCUUGAAGUCCUGCCCUUCCUAGAAGCCAGGACUCUGCUUCCCUGGGAGCCAGCUCCAGCCUGUAUCCAGCCUCAGAGCCCGGUGGCAAGAGGCCAAGGGCUGGUCUCUGAUUGUGGGCAUCUGAGCAGAACAUGGAA